GACGUCAAAGUGAUAGUUGUGGGUAGCAUUGACAAAAUCCAAUUUCCCAAAGUUAAAUAACAAGCGAUUGAUACCAUCAGAAGUAGAACUCAAAGCCAAAAAUGGCGGACAAAGAGAAAAAGGUUUGCGAUUCUUCAUCAUCUCAUGAUCAGAGCAAGCAAGAAGAAGAUUUAAUGGCGUUAUACGGGUCCGAUUCCGGGUGGGUCGAAGCCCGUACCCAUUGCGAUCAUCUCGAUAUUCUCUCUUCGGAUCUAACCCAUAUCCCCACACCGGACACUCCCUGCAACAGAUGCCAUCACCCUGCUGAGAAUUGGUUGUGCUUGAGCUGCAAAGAUGUUCUAUGUAGCAGAUUCAUCAACAAGCACAUGCUUGACCAUUAUCAACUACAACAUCACUGUCUGGCACUGAGUUACAGUGAUCUAUCGGUUUGGUGUUUUUCCUGCGACGCGUAUUUGGAUGCGCAAGUUAUGCCCCCUCUUCGCCCGGUUUAUGAAACCGCUUACAUAUUGAAGUUUGGUGAAGCCCCGCCGUUUCGGACAAUCGAGUGUUUGCAAUUAGGAGAUGGUUCCAGUUCAGGAAAUUAGAGGUUGUAUUAGGAUGAUGCAGAUUCAAGUUCAUGUGUUUCUUCUUUUAUAGGCUUAAAUUUGGAAUGACUACAAGAUUUUGGAAUGAAACAGUGUUUUUGGAUAAGGUUGACUUGCUUGGUUGACUUUUCAGUUUUUAA